AUGACUAGCGAAGUUAUUUAUCAGCCAACCGAUUUGGUUCUUGCAAAGGUUAAAGGGUUUCCAGCUUGGCCUGCAUUGAUAAUUCCUGUUGAAAUAAUUCCUGAUAACGUUUUGAAGGAUAAAUUCAAAGGUCCUCAUGGUAGUAAAGCAAAACAAAUUGAUCAGGAUAAGGUCGAUGAAAAUGAAGAUGAUAGUUUGGAAAACGACGAAGAUGAAGUUUCUGAAGAGAUUGAUGACAAUAAUAGUGAUAAAUUCAUAAUUUAUUCAGAUAUGUUAAAGUUUCGUAAAAAUGAUGUUAUCAAAUCUCAUUAUUGUGUGAAAUUUUUAUGUGAUGAUUCUUAUAUUUGGGUUAAACCAAGUGAUAUACAGCCGUUAUCUGUAGAAGAGUGUAAAGGCUGGCUGAAAACAGCUAAUAAAAAGAAAGUUAAUAAGAAAUUAAUUCCAGCAUAUGAAAUGGCUAGUAAAGGUUCGAAUGGAAUCGAUAUAUGGGACUUUGUAGAAUAUGGUUCCUACGGUAAGCCCGAUGAAGAGGAAUAUGUCGAAGAUGAUUAUGAAGAUGAAGAAACAAACACCAAGACUCGCAAGAGGUCCAGCAGAAAGGCAGAAGCUCCUACCAGAACAUCUGCAAGACAAUCUGAGAAAAGAAAAAGAGAAGAAGAGAAGAUGCCAAAAAGAAGCACUAGAGCUACAAGAUCCAAAAGGACAAAAGUAAAAGAGUUAGCCGAUGAUCAAUUGUCUGAAAUAGAAGCAGAAGAAGAAGAAAAUAGUUUUAUCGAAGAAGAGAAAAUUACAACACAAAAAACUACAUCUAGAAAAGGAAAAGCGAAGUCAAAAGGUAAACCUUCAACAAAAGCUACUAAAUCAAUUACUACUAUUCCGAAGAUAGAGAAAUAUCAAUACGAAGAUGAUGUGGAUUGGAAUGUUGUUGGUUUAGGUCCGCAAGAUCUAUCUCUGAAGUCACACACUAACAGGCUAGUUAAUAAAUUGGCACAGAAGAAAAACCAAGAAACUCAUUCCGAGACUAAACUGGAUAUUAUGGAUAAACUAACAGGAGUGAAUAAAUUAAUAGUCGAUCUUUUGAUCCCAGAUCCUAACAAUUUAGAUAAAGGUAGUUCUGACAUCAAAGAAGACUAUGAAGUUGUUUUGGACGAAUUAGAAUUGGCUCUACAGUAUAAUGGUUCCAAUGAUGAAUUCAUUACCAUCUUUCAGUCAAAUUCCGAAUUAUUAAUAAAUUUCCGAAUUAUGAUAAAUUUGAAGUAUUCUUUGUUAAAGGAAUGGAAUAUCCUCGACGGCUUUCAAUCUCUUUUUAGCGAGAUAUACCAAUCAGAACUAAUUCCAGAUGAAUCAAAAUGGUCAAUUAAAGCUAUUGAAGAACCUGAAAAAAAUAGCAAUGAGGAAAAACAAUCUGAAUAA